GAGGGAAGAGCUGCUUACAAUGAGACCAAGAGGGAUGACUUAGAUGACCACUCCCAAGAAGCUAAUGUGGAGGUUGCUUAGAACACUGUCAGUCAUAUGAAGUACUAGCACCCAGAUAAAUCCUCAUUCAGAAGGCAACAUCCUUGCAAAACUAAUGCUAUGGAUAACUUUAUUCACCAUUCAUAUAAAUGGCUCCUACAAAGCCGGAUAAAUAUGACGAUAGUUUUUUUUAAUUUGUUUACAUGCACUGAAUGUAAAUAGAUACAAGUGCUAGAGUGCAUUUUGGAUGACUGUGCAAAAAACAUGACACUACCAUUAGCCAUACUGUGAGCAGUAGCCUUACCAUGACACUGAAGUGUCUUAAAUCACUAUUUUCAUUGGGUGUCACACUCAGGCAAGGUUCUGUGACCUCCACAGUACCUCCACAUGCCUCCACACAAAGCCUUCUUCCUCAUCCACUGAUCACUGAAGAUAGUAUUUUUAUAUUGAUUUUUGUUUUUGAUUAUCUUAGUAUAGAAAACAACACCUCAGGGUGAAGAAAAAGAGGUGUUGGCACUCACAUAAUUAUUCUUGCUUAAUGUUUAGAAGAACUGUUUGCAAAGAUCAAAUAAAAUUUGGUUUUUAUAAGUUAUAAAGAUUACACACAAUUAAGCCAGAAAUCAAGCAGUAAACUAUUUUAUUGAAUUCCAGUAAAAACUGCACUAUUUAACAUUACUAUAGUUGUGAAAUAAGACACAGGACAAAAUUCAAAGUGUAGCUGCUAAGCUCUAAUAGCUAGUAAAAUCUCAUUACCUUCACUUGUAAAUAUUAUAAAAUACAUUURGGGUCAGGGAUCAAAUGUUUGUCAUAAAAAAAUGUGAUCAUUGGCCAAUAAAUACAUCACUUCAGGACCUUGAGAUUUAUCAGUUUGGUGUAUACUUAUCGAAGAGACAACUUGAUCUUGUGCAGUACAAACUGAUACUGUUCAUUCAAUGUGGUCAUGUAUUAGAUUUCUAUAUAACAACAUUAAAAAAUGCUUGAAAG